UGUACUGUCAAAAAAUUACGUACCGAUCAUUUUCUUAUUUUCGAACGGAACGCAGUCCCGUCAAAAAUGGCCUCUUUAAUCAAUGUUUUGCUGCGAAAAUCGAAAAAUUUAGGCCAAACCGUAGCCCUUACAAAGAAUUUGCCAGCACUUUACAAUGUGAACAGCCAACGUAAGGCCCACAGAUGGAUGCCGGACGAGGAGUACGUGAAGCAGUUCGAGGGAGCCGUCAUGUACCCUGAUGAGGUCACCUCCUUGCUGAAACAUCCUCCUUACAACGGUAUUAUCACUCCUGGUGAGAAGCAGGUCCGCAACAUGGUGCUGAACUUCGGACCACAGCACCCGGCUGCCCACGGAGUGCUGCGUCUCGUACUUGAGUUAGACGGAGAGACGGUCCGUGCCGCAGACCCCCACAUCGGGCUCCUGCACCGAGGCACAGAGAAACUCAUAGAAUACAAGACCUACACCCAGGCUCUGCCCUACUUCGACCGGCUGGACUAUGUCUCCAUGAUGUGCAACGAGCAGUGCUACAGCCUGGCAGUCGAGAAACUGCUCAACAUCGAUAUUCCUCUGCGGGCCAAGUAUAUUAGAACUCUAUUCGCGGAAAUAACCCGCAUUCUAAACCACAUCAUGGCGGUUGGUACUCACGCCCUGGACGUGGGAGCCCUGACUCCGUUCUUCUGGCUGUUCGAGGAGAGAGAGAAGAUGAUGGAGUUCUACGAGAGAGUCAGCGGGGCUAGGAUGCAUGCCGCUUAUAUUAGGCCUGGAGGGGUUUCUCUUGACAUGCCUCUAGGUCUAAUGGACGAUAUAUACGAGUUUGCGGCUAAAUUCGCUGAGCGUCUAGACGAGGUGGAAGAUGUCCUGACCACCAACAGGAUCUGGGUGCAGCGCACCAAGGAUAUUGGCGUUGUUACCGCUCAGGAUGCACUUAACUAUGGAUUCAGCGGCGUAAUGCUCCGCGGUUCGGGCAUUAAGUGGGACUUGCGCAAGAGUCAGCCGUACGACGCCUACCAUCUCGUCGACUUCGACGUACCCAUCGGUACUAAUGGAGAUUGUUAUGACAGAUACCUCUGCCGUGUCGAGGAGAUGCGUCAAUCCCUGCGUAUCAUUGACCAGUGCCUCAACCAGAUGCCGCCCGGGGAGAUCAAGACCGAUGACGCCAAGCUCACUCCACCUUCUCGUGAGGAGAUGAAGACAUCAAUGGAGGCUCUGAUCCACCACUUCAAGCUAUUCACGCAGGGCUACCAGGUCCCGCCCGGCUCCACGUACACGGCUGUGGAGGCGCCUAAAGGAGAGUUCGGCAUCUAUCUCGUGUCUGAUGGCGGUUCUAAGCCUUAUAGAUGCAAGAUCAAGGCCCCCGGCUUCGCUCACCUCGCGGCAUUAGAGAAAAUCGGCAAGAACUCCAUGUUGGCCGACAUCGUCGCCAUUAUCGGAACAUUGGACGUCGUGUUCGGUGAAAUUGACCGAUAAAUACCGAUUCUACAUGCAAAACACCGGUUUUACG